AUGCGUAUGAACGACACCGAUGGACAAGAGCCGUUAGUGAUUGGAUUCCUCGGGAUGUCGAACGUACUAGAGAAAGACGACCGACCCGAUGGUCAGAGUUCUUCACAAAGAGCCUUGAAGAAAGAUGUGAUGCUCGACGAGUUCCUGGAGCGAGCAGAACCCACUGGGCUACUCUUGCACGCAACAAAAAAAAUGGAAGAUUUAUUGGCGCCUGCUCGAGUCACUCGAUGUUCAGCGGUGCUACAGGUGAUAUAUUCUUCGCGACGACAAUCACCGUCAUUUACGCCUCAAAAAAUGCCUUUCAUUGAGCGUCAGCAUGGACAGUCAUUACUUACAAUGUUUAACGUUUUGUUUUCUGCCUUCUAUAACUUUCAUGGCAGGCUACUAAGCGAAAUACAACCACAACGUUGCUGA